CGAAGUAACAAAACACACUUUCAUUGGCUGUCUAGACUCCCACGAGGGGUCGCAUGCAAAAGAUUUGCGAAAGGGUUUAUUGUUUCUUUGCUUUCGGGAGCCGAAAUUGUUUGCUAUCGUCUCAGUUCUACAAUCAAAUAACGAUACGGAAAAAUGGCUGGUGGCAAGGCAGGAAAAGACAGUGGCAAAGCCAAGGCAAAAGCAGUGUCUCGCUCCCAGAGGGCUGGGCUGCAGUUCCCAGUGGGUCGUAUCCACAGGCACUUAAAGACUCGCACAACCAGCCAUGGUCGCGUAGGAGCCACAGCAGCUGUGUACAGUGCAGCUAUCCUUGAGUACCUCACCGCUGAAGUACUAGAGUUGGCAGGCAAUGCCUCCAAAGACUUGAAGGUGAAGCGUAUCACUCCCCGUCACUUGCAGCUGGCCAUUCGUGGUGACGAAGAGUUGGACUCCCUUAUCAAGGCAACAAUUGCUGGAGGAGGUGUCAUUCCCCACAUCCACAAAUCCCUCAUUGGGAAGAAGGGCCAGCAGAAGACUGCAUAGAUGGCAUGUUGACCAGAAAAUUCGGGGCUUGGGCUUUGAUAGGACCAGAAGUUCACAUUUGUUCUUUUUUUAUUAUUAAUAUUAUAGCAAACGAAGAGUGAUUGUUAGGAUUUGUGUUGUAAUAUUUUCCCAUAACUAGAAAAAAAGUACAGAAAACCCCUUAAUGACAAAAACCCCUUUGUAUGUUAUUGUAGAACGUUUGACUGGGGAGUUCAUUAUUAUUUCAAAUGGUGACAGUGAAUUCGUUUGAUUGGCCUGGCACUCUGUAAUGUUUUAUACUGAAAAAAGAAAUUGUUAAAACCGUUUUUUAUAUAAAAAAAACUUGUUUUGUGGUUAUUUUCUUGAAGUUACAAUAUUUACUAAAGUACACAUUUUUAAGGGGAUGUUUUCUUUUGUGAAGCAAAUUGGGUAACUGCUAAAUGUGAGAUGGUGCUUUUCCCCCUUUUGACUUGAUAUAUUUUUUGAUUCAUAAGGAUAGUGAUGUAUUAAAAGUCGUUCAUUUUUUUUUUUUUUUUUACAUCAAAAAUGAAUAAUCAUUGAAAAGAACUUAUUGCAAUCGUCUGCUACAGUGUUUUGUGUUUGUGGCACUUCAACAAAUGUAUUAACCUUGAAAUGAAGUGUGAUCCUUGGCUGCUGUAAUCAGGGGACUGAGCCUGCAGUUUCUGCCUCACUAGAGCCAUCUGUCAAGUCCAUAUCGCCACUAUAGAGUUGGCACCCUGAUAUUUGGAGAAGAUGGGUAGAACCAUAUCCAUGCUUUAAAAAUGUAUCCACAGUACCUAAAUGUAUGCACAAACUGAAAUGUUCCGCCCUUAACUACAUUACAUUUUUCAAGUAAAGUCAGAUUUUUAUUUUAAACUGUGUUCAGGGAAAUAACAUAUUUUAUCUUUGAAUAAAUACCCAUUGCAUGUUA